AUGCACGCCUCCCUAGCCGUGGCCUAUUCGUACGACCGCCGUCUAAACAACCCAGUAGGCCAUAGCCGCAGUCUAUCAGAAUGCUACCACUGGUCCCAAAGCACCGCCCUUCUCAACGAACGACUCCGAGAACCGAUCCACCCAAAAGACAGGGACCCAAUCUGGGGCACAGCAGCCGCGCUGGCCAUCCUAUCCUUCUCCUCCCCUGACGCCACCACACCCGAAGAAUCAUGGCCCUUGAAUCCCUGCGACCACGCCCAUCUGGACUGGCUACGUCUCAGCAAGGGGAAGAUGUCCCUGUGGCAUAUCGUGAACCCGCUCCGACCAGACAGUCUGUUCCGCGUGAUGGCCACGACUUUUGCGCAAAUGCAAUACCCCUUGCCGGAGAGGGGUGUAGAUGGUAUUCCAUGCGCGUUGGCUGGGAUAUGUUCCCUCGAUGAGGGAUCUACGGCGGAAGAUAAUCCGUAUUUCGAUGCUGCUCAUGCCGUUUCACAUGUCUUGGAUCUCCCGGAUAGUGAGGUUACUACGGGCCCGACACAGCUCUUCCCGCGGUGUAUCUAUGGCUCGUUCGAGGACUUGUUGCGGCAGAAGGACCCCGUCGCGCUGGUGUUGCUGUAUCUGUGGUACCGCAAGGCGGGUCGCGGUAUCUGGUGGAUCGAACUUCGAGCGAGAGUCGAAUGCCCUUCUAUUUGCGAGUAUCUGCGGAUAUAUCACGGAGGGAAUCCUGCGAUACAGGCGUUUCUUCCUGGUGGUGCUCUCGGUGAUGGAUGGGAUUAG